AGACACAGGCAGCUUCCGGGAGUGAGGCUGAAUUGGUGCUUCUUGCAGCUGAUCCCUGCCUCUUCCUGGCCGGGCGGGCCCCGUCAGCGAAACAGGAAUUGAAUACAGCCUGCUGGUGCUGCAUUUCUGCUCCGGAGAGCAAGGUACAGCAACCAGGCGUUUGCGCGGUAGGAAGUAUGAACUGGGCCCAGUUUUAGAACUAAUACAAAAUCAGCAACUUCCCAACUAAAGUCCGGAAAGAUCUGAGAGGAGGAGCCAGCUGUGAAAGACAGCGUUGCUGACUUUGCUGCUUACCAAGAUUAUUAGGAGGAGAGUGGGAAGGACAGACAGACAUGUCUUCAGAAACAGACCAAAGUAAAGUUCAGGAAUCUUCACAGCAACAAAACAAACAGUCUGGUCUCCACUGUCCUAUCUCAGAUGCUCACGUCAAUAGAAAAGAAGUAGAAAGGAUCAGUCGAGAAUGUAGAAACGAAAGUUUCUGGUACAGAGGUCUUCCCUUGUCUCUAGGAAGCAUGCUCAUCACUCAAGGGCUAAUUUACAAUGGUUUUCUCUCAUCGAACCCAAGAUUUGGAUCGUUACCUAAAAUUGCAUUUGCUGGUGCCUUUGGUCUUGCCAUUGGGACGAUGUCAUACAUACGAGUAUGCCAGAGAAAGUUCCAAAGUAUAGGAGUUCAGCCAUUUGGUCCAGAACAUAAAAGGCACGGUCAUCAUACCUGCAAGGAAUGUGAAGCAAAUUUUGGAUCUAAUGGACAGGAAAACUCAAAGCCUUCAGCUUCAUAAUCCCAGAUCAUGUCUCUUCUUUUUAAGAAGUUACUUCAUAUCUUGGUAUCUGAAUUGUAGAACUGACAAAGAUGACAAAAUCCUGCAGAAAAAGUCUCUUCCUUCAAUAGCUUAUUCUGGACAGAAGAAAUUAAGCCUACAGUCAGGUGUAAACCAGUACACUGUGAGGAUUGGGUUGAUUUUAAAAAAGUUUGCCUAUAUAAUAAAUGCUAAUUUCUAGUAAUACAGUUUCUAUUUUUUUCUGUUGAUAUCACACCCCGGUAUGUUUCUUUUUUCCUUAGAUGCAUUUUAGCUCUUGGCACUGAAAACUUAGAUAUUGCAAUUCUUGUAAGUGGCAAUGACCUGAUCUCAGUGCAACCUGCAAAAGGCCAUAAUUGGAAGCAUUUGUCUCCUGCAUGAAAGAAAAAGAAUGCAAGAGUAUUUAAAUGAUGUUGCACUGUUAAGCAGUCCACCAAGCCCCCUAUACUGUGAUCAGUUUUGCAUAACUCUUUGUACUGGGGAAGGACGCCAUGUAUCACCAUUCUUGACAAUAGGUAUCCUCUGAAUACUAUUAGAAAGAACCCUAUUGACUUCAGUGGGCUUUGAAUCUGGACUUAAGAGAGGAGAGUGACAUUUUACUUAUGCUUGUCUAUUCAAAUCUCUUUGGAAGAUGUUCUGAACAUAAUUUCUAAAUAGACAACUUAAUAAAAAGAAGUUUUCUUUCUCAAAACAUGAACAUUAGGGAAAGAACUGAAAGCGAGCUCAGAAACCUAUGUUUGCUCUAAUCUGACCAUGACAUUAGAAAAGAAAAAAAAAAAAAUGAAUUACAGGAAAGCCCAGUUAAUUACUGUUUGCAUAUUCAUAAAAAUGCUUUAAUAAUACUGGAGUUCUUCACACCCCCAACCAGGCCCGGGGAAGCUGCAUUUUCCAUUCUCCCUUCCCGUCAGACCACCUGGGUAGAACUGUUCUCCCAGCUCAGGCACCCUCCUUAGCACUGUUCAGCUGGAGUCCUUAAGGUCCACAUCUUUUUUUGUUCUAUAGCUUCUUCCAAACAUGCAGGGAUAAUACGCAUCAGGGAUGCUGUCAGCUCAUGGUUGACUCACUGCACAUUGAUGAUUGAGUGAUACAACAAUUUCAUAAAACUAAUCGGAAUUCAUAAAUUGUACACAGAUUCCCCAAAUCAUCACAAGCUACUAUUAUGAACUCUAAUUUGAACUCUAACACCUACAUUUGAAGAGUUUUUGUUGACCAACUCCCACUAAAAUAGUCAGAUGUUAUGCUACACCUUGGAAAACGUAAGAUUAAAAGUCUUGCAAAAUGAAAUAUAACAAGUUUAAUUAAUGAACUUAGUUCAAACUGCAGAUGAUUCAGUAUUACUUAGUAAAUGAUCUAACAUCUUUUUCAGACUAAAAUACAAUAUCACCAUUACUAUAUCCAUUAAAUGUGAAAGGAAAAUAAAACCAAGUUGGAGCAGGGAAAUGUUUUCAGUUGUGUUCAACAUCAGAAAGAUUUUCUGAAAGAUUAUUGUAUUUGCAGAUCAGAUACUGGAACCUCUGAUAGUUUUCUAAUUAAAGAAAGAGGAUUGUCUGUUUUAUUCUAUACACAAUCUUAUACCGUUCUCAUUACUGUAGCAUUUGAGCACCUUCCCAUAGUGCAUUAAGUGACAUUACUAACAUCUGUCAUGUUUGUUGUUCUCAAUUUCUCCCCAGCAAGCAUGUGCAAUGGAGUGUCUUGUUUUAGUAGGAUGUUUUUGUGGUUUUUUUUUUUAAAUAAACAUGUUACUAUGUGCUUAUGUUAGAGAAGACAUGGUCAAAGAAAUGCGCUUUGCACUUGGAGCAGGAAGUGGUGAAGUUUGUGAUGGUCCUUAGUUCUUGGGGAAGUUCAUUCCACAGUCUGACUACCCCUGAAAAAGCUUGUCUUCCACCCCCGGCAAUUAACUUUAUUUGGCUUGUAGAGAGUUCGAUAUUACUAUAUCAGAUGUGUCCACUGAGGUACCAGUAGGCAGUUAUGCAGGUUAGCACAUGGGCAACUUCAGGUACCUCAUAGUAAGUAACAAAUAGUUUUUCUACCUUUUUCUAUAUGUACAUUUCAGUAAUAAUACUUCAUUUACUACAGCUGGAUGUUAGGUCUCAGCAUAGUCUGCUAUGAUUAAACUGAUACAAGCCCUAACUUGUCUAAUGUUAAAUGCUGGAUUAUCAUACAUGCAUGUGCAUUAUAAACCUUAUCCUGAGGCAAAUGCUUGUGGUUUAACCACUCCCAUGAAAUUUAUUAAUUCUGUAAAAUCAAGUCAACUGUAAUAUCUUCUGUAAUUGCCUUAUGCCUAUACUAUGCACAAAGCUGCACACGGCCCUGUCCAGCAAGAGGCUUCAUACAACCCCUGCUGAACAGUUGCCAGCUCUAGAAAGACACCUGUCAAUUGACAGCUUGCUGUCUCAGCAGUCUAUUUUUCCUUGCUUAGCAUCUAUUCCUUCCCUAUCCAUAGCCUGGGCUUGCAUAGCGUGAUUGCUGCCUAAGGCAUCCUUUGAGGAAUUCCUUCUGCUUCACUUGCUGCACUCCUGGCAUGGCAAUGGCUUUGUCUAUACAACAGUAGUUAGCAGCCAGCAGAGUGUCUGGUAUGCAGAGGUGCAAGAGACCUAUGAAGAGGAAUGAACCCAAGGCUCCAUAAAGUAUAGGGCAAGCCCUAAAUACCAUCUGUGGUACACAACAGCAGGACCACUGCUAUAUAAACUGAAGCAAAGCAUGUCCUGUAUUGUACCAAAAGGAUUGUCUUGUACUUCUAGCCUAGUUAGAAAAUAUGAAUGUCUCUUGCUGUCAGUGAAGUAUUAAGAACUGGAGUGCAUUGAUGUCAAGUUCACCACUGGUGUAAGUUAUAAUGUGAAUUACAUUUUUUUUAAAUAAAAAGACCUGUAAUUUAAUGAGA